AAAAUAUGAGAUAACUGAGGCUGUUUUAUGUCAGAGAGUUUGUGUAUGAACCUCCAUUAUUUAUUGAAGAAUUUGGAUAUUUUUUUUCUCUCCCUUGCCCAGAAUUUGGUCACACGGAAUAAGAGAAAAUAUGCUGGGUCUUUGAAAACUUUCAGGUAUUCGAGAAAUUUAUGGUGGUGGGAUAGAAAUUUGUCCUACCACCCCGAUUCAUGGAUGUUUCAGACAAGGAGAGGUGACAGUGGGUAGAGUUAUACAGAGCUAAACAUUAUGACAGAGGAAGUGAAGGUGAAGGUCGGGUUGUCGGGCCCUCCCCCGAUGAAGAGUGGCUUCCAGUAUGUCAACCCUGGGCAGGAAGACCAAAUGGAAAUCUCUGGAUAUCGGCCCAGUCUGAUCAGAAAAGUCAUUGUGUGGUUCUUCAUCAUCAUCACUGCGGGUCUUCUUCGCCUCUUCUUUUAUUGGUUACCUCAUCUCUUCAUCAAGUUUACACACACUGAAUGCUCACUGUCAGAAGCCAAAGUUGUCAUACUCAAGGACCAGUAUAAGCAGUGGUUUGUGUCAAAAGUGAAAGUCCACAGUAAAAAUGGACAGCCAGCGGCAGGCGUUAAAAAGGAUGAAGUGAUGGGCAUAGCUUUUAGUAAGAAUCCAUACGACAGUAACACACCUUUGAAGAUGGGAGACACAAAGACUCCAACAGAUGACCAUGUUUCAAGUGGACUUGUUUCAGAAGUAGACCGAAUUCUAGAACUGAAUAGAAAAUUUGUGCGCUACUUCAUAACCAAAAAGAUCAAGUACAUCUGGAGCAAUGAGUCUCAAACAUUUAAAAAGCUAGAAGGUCUAGAUAAAAACACCAAGUGUUCCUAUUUCCAUGCAUGCAAGGGACUGACAUACCCACAACAACAGGAGAGAGUGGCCAUGUUUGGUUCCAAUUCUAUCCAGAUCCAUGUCACCCCUAUCAUCCGAAUUCUCUUUAAGGAGGUGCUGUCCCCUUUCUACAUUUUCCAGAUGUUCAGCUGUGGUAUCUGGUUUGCAGAUGAGUACUAUUACUAUGCCAGCUGUAUUGUUGUCAUAUCUGUUGUCUCUAUAUCUGCCACCAUCUACCAAACCAGAAAGAUGCAAAGAGCUUUGAGAAAUACCAUAGAAUCAUCCACAAUAGUAUCACGUCUACAUGGAGAAGAUUUUGUUGACGUCUGCUCUGAUGACCUAGUUCCUGGUGACAUCAUUUCAAUCCCACGGAAUGGUUGUGUGAUGCAGUGUGACGCCGUGCUUUUGACAGGAAACUGCAUUGUGAACGAAAGCAUGCUCACAGGGGAGAGUGUUCCUGUUACAAAAACUCCUUUACCCAACCCCAAGAUUUCCAAGUCUCGCGGGGAGGACAUCCUGUUUAACCUAAAGGAACACUCCAAACAUGUCCUGUUUUGUGGGACACACAUUCUCCAGACACGAUUUUACGGCUCCCAACAGGUGAAAGCUGUCGUUUUACGGACUGGCUUUUCCACAGCUAAAGGUGAACUGGUUCGUUCUAUCAUGCAUCCUAAACCUGUUGACUUUAAGUUUAACAGGGACACCUACAUAUUUGUUGCCAUUCUAGCAGCAAUUGCAGGAGUUGGGUUCAUUUACACAGUGGUGAUAAUGGUUGAAGAGCAUGAAGCAUUUGUAGAUAUAUUUCUGCGUUCCAUGGACUUGAUCACGAUCGCUGUUCCGCCCGCCCUGCCCGCAGCUCUCACUAUAGGGAUCGUAUUCGCCCAGCGACGACUGAAGAGAGGUCAAAUCUACUGUAUCAGCCCUCGUAGUAUCAACGUCAGCGGCACCAUCAAUGCCGUCUGUUUUGACAAGACUGGCACACUGACAGAGGAUGGAUUAGACAUGCAGAGUGUUGUUCCUGUCCAGGAUGGCAGAUUUGCUGAGGAAGUUCAAGAUAUAAAACAGCUUUCAUCAGACCAAAGACUGCUUCUGAACGCCAUGACAACCUGUCACUCUCUCACGAUCAUCAAUGGCGUCUUGAGUGGAGACCCACUAGAUCUCAUCAUGUUCAAUGCCACUGAGUGGGAACUAGAGGAACCGGGGGAGGAGGAAGCCAGCAGAUAUGACAUGAUCGUCCCAACGAUCGUCAGACCCCAGGGGGCAAGGAACGGCAAGGGGACCUUCGAUCAACAGUUUGUGCCAAUAACUGAGGAGAUUGCCAUCAUGAGACAAUUUACAUUUGCUUCCAGUCUACAGCGGAUGUCAGUUAUCACACGUAAACUCGGAGCUCCAAACUUUGAACUCUUCUCCAAAGGAGCCCCAGAGAUGAUUGCCUCCCUCUCCAAGCCAGAAACUUUGCCAAGUAAUUUUCACGAGGUAUUGAUUGAAUACACCAAAAAAGGAUACCGAGUGCUGGCCCUUGCUCAUAGAUCUCUCCCAGCCAAACUGAAGUAUGCAAAAAUACAAAGAAUCCAAAGAGAGCAAGUGGAGAGGAACCUUACCUUUCUGGGAUUCUUGGUGCUAGAGAACCGACUGAAGCCGGAGACCACACCUAUCAUUCACCAACUCCUGGAGGCUAACAUCAGAACAAUCAUGGUCACAGGUGAUAACAUGUUGACUGCUCUGAGUGUGGCUCGAGAAUGUGGAAUGGUUGGUGAGAAUCAAAAAAUCAUCCUGGUCCAAGCAUUUCCAGGAACCACUGGAAAAAAUGAUCCCUGGCUGGAAUACAUGUACACAGAAGAUCCACAAGACCAUCACCAAAAAUCUACUAAAGAGACAAAAAUUGCCAUGCCUGACAGCACGGAUUCUAACUAUCACUUUGCUUUGGAUGGAAGGUCAUGGGCUAUCAUAAGAAAGCAUUUUCCAUUGACAUUACAAAAGAUAUGUGUGAGGGGAACUGUGUUUGCCAGGAUGUCCCCAGACCAGAAAUCACAGCUUAUAGAAGUUCUACAGGAACUAGGGUACUUUGUGGGUAUGUGUGGGGAUGGAGCCAAUGAUUGCGGAGCACUGAAGGCAGCUCACGCUGGAAUCUCCCUGUCAGAAGCAGAAGCUUCCGUAGCAUCUCCAUUUACCUCCAAACAACCCAACAUUGAGUGUGUCCCAACACUCAUACGGCAAGGGAGAGCAGCUCUAGUUACCUCAUUUGGAAUCUUCAAGUACAUGGCUUGCUACAGUUUGACUCAGUUUGUCUCCGUUUUGAUUCUGUAUUGGAUUUUUGCCAACCUGACAGACUUUGAGUUCCUGUACAUAGAUUUAUUCCUGUUGACGUCCCUCAGUGUAACGUUUGGCUACACCAAUGCCUAUGACAAAUUAUCCAAGGACCCGCCCUUGGUCAGCCUGUUUAGUGUAGCGCCGGUUUUAUCCAUCUUACUACACAUGUUAAUACAGACUGCUGCUCAAGUGUUCUGUUAUUUCAACGUUCAAGAUCAGCCAUGGUUUGUCCCAUAUGAAGUAAAUGAGGAUGACGACUAUACAAGCUAUGAAAAUAUGGCAGUGUUUGUCAUCUCCAUGUACCAGUAUGUCACCUUGGCAAUAAUAUUUUCCAAAGGAAGGCCAUACAGAAAAACUAUUUUUACAAACUAUCUUUUCAUUGCCAAUUUGGUUGUGUGCAUUGGUAUGAACCUUUGGCUGAACAUCUACCCUAUAGAGGAUGUAGCCACCUUCUUUGAACUGAAAGUUCCACCCUCCAUACCCUACAGACUGAUCUAUCUAGGAAUUGCAGCCAUCAACUUCUUCGUAGAUUAUCUCAUAGAGACAUUCAUUAUUGACAGUUACUUUGUGAAAGAGCGAUUACAGUGUUGGAUAGAGGACAUUUUCUCUAAUUCCAAAUAUCAGUACGAGAUUGUAGAGGAGGAGAUAGUCAGGGACAGCUCAUGGCCAAAUAUUUCCUCAGCUGAAUCUCUGGCACAGGCUUUUGAGAGGUUGGACAGUCAGCAAGCUCGAGACUUUGACCAGAGCAGUUUAUUGAGUAGUCUGUUAGACUCGGCCAGUGAGACCCAGAGCAUCAGAUCCCUGCGAUCUGUGGAGAUGGAGACUUCACACAGAGAUUUUAAUGGCAAACCAGCAUUAAACACCGGGGCUACCAACACCAGCAACAACUUCUAUGGGGACAUCGAUGACGAGUCACAGUUGAUUGCUGAUGAUCUCGAUAAAGGUGUGGACAAUCUUGCCAUGGACUUAGAUGAGCAGGGGCCAGACGUUAAUUCCCAAAAACUGUGAUCAUUUUUUAAGUACAUUUUGUUUACCAAGUAUAAUGUGUAUCCGGUAGUUAUUGAAUGUUAGCCUCUGUUUUUAUCAUUUUUUGUGAAAAUAUAGUUUAAUUUAAUGUACAUGGAAGACAGUACAUAUUUUAAAUAUAUGUUCAGUAUCCAACUUUUAUAACCAGUUUUUUAUAUUAAAAAGAAAUAAUACGA